GACCGAUAGUUCCCAGUGAAACCACAGUGACAAUUUUGGACUUACUUUUACACGCUACCUGCUUUUUUUGUGUCGCGACUGCAGGUCACGUGUUAUUGUUUGGCGCCGGAAACUGGCACCUCCUGGAUGGCUUACCGAGACAAGUCCCCAUUUAUUUAUGCCUCACUUUUGUGUCCAGCCUAACAAUGGGGAGGAACGUGUAUCCAGUGAUGAGGGAGAACAAUCGCCUAUAUGCGCACAAGUGGCAUCCAGCUGCUGCUAGCUUGUAGCUGUAGCUCAGCGUCCAGCCGGAGGGGAACGAAGAGCUAACCGUAGUUAGCAGUCAGUCAGUUCGCGGUGUGGCUAACUACUGUCAUCCUCCCGAGUUGACGGUUACCUUCUCAAGCUCCUUGAGCUCGUCGCUUCCCCCCCCCCCCCCCCCCCCCCCCCGGGUAUAACGUUUACAGACAAAAUGGAGCUGUUCCAAGCCAAAGACGAAUAUAUUCUUCAGGACGGGGACCGCGCUCUUUGGUGUAGCCGAAAAGACGGUACCGUGACAGUUAAACCCGCAACAGACCUGCUGCUUGCUUGGAACCCGGUGUGUUUGGGCCUGGUGGAAGGCAUCAUCGGAAAGAUACAGCUUCACACGGAUCUUCCUCUUGGGCUUGUAUUAAUUCGCCAGAAAGCGCUUGUUGGCCAUUUGCCAGGCAACCACAAAGUCUACAAGAUCAUCAAGAUAGCUGUCCUUCCUCUGUCUGAUGAAGAGCCACAGGAGCUGGAGUUGGAGGGGAGCGUCGUGGAUGGUGAGGCACAAUAUUUUCAACUCUGCAAAAAGCAUCACUUUGGAAUUGACAAAUCAGAGAAACUGGUUCCGUCCCCUGAUGAGUCCAAGUUCUUAAUGAAAACCUUAAGCCAGAUAAAAUCCAAUGUGGCUGUUCCCAUUAAGAAAAAGUAUUCCCCUGCCGUACAGGUAAAGGAAAACAAAGAGAAGGAACGUCUCGAGAGGCGGCUGCUUGAUGAGCUGUACAAAAUAUUCAUGGAUUCCGACUCCUUCUACUAUAGCCCCACUUAUGACUUGACAAACACUGUACAGCGCCAAGGAGACUUGGCAAGGUCUAGUUUACCACUUUGGAAACAGGUGGAUGACCGGUUCUUCUGGAACAAACACAUGAUUCAAGAUCUUAUAGACCUACAGACCCCUGAGGUAGACUUUUGGGUGAUACCAAUCAUCCAGGGCUUUGUCCAAGUUGAAGAACUUGUAGUGAAUUACAACGAGACGUCUGAUGAGGAACGGAGCAGUCCUGAAACUUCACCGCAGGAAGUGACCUGUGUUGACGACAUCCAUCCCCGCUUCACCGUUGCUCUCAUUUCCAGACGUAGCCGCCAUCGUGCAGGGAUGCGGUACAAACGCAGAGGAGUGGAUACAGAUGGCCAUGUGGCUAACUAUGUUGAGACAGAGCAGUUGAUCCACGUGCACAGCCACACACUGUCCUUUGUGCAGACUCGUGGCUCUGUGCCUGUCUUCUGGAGUCAGGCAGGAUACCGCUACAAUCCCCGGCCACGCUUGGAGAAAGAAGAGAAGGAGACCAUGUCAUACUUUGCUGCCCACUUCGAAGAGCAGCUUAAACUCUACAAGAAAGAGGUCAUCAUUAACUUAGUUGACCAAAGUGGACGAGAAAAGUUGAUAGGGGAUGCCUAUCUAAAGCAAGUGCUUCUUUACAACAACCCAAACCUCACCUACGUGUCAUUUGACUUCCAUGAGCACUGUCGAGGGAUGAAAUUUGAAAAUGUGCAAAUACUAACGGAUGCCAUCUUUGACAUCAUCACUGACAUGAAAUGGGCCUGGGUGGACCAAGCUGGAGUCAUCUGCAAGCAAGAGGGAAUCUUCCGAGUCAAUUGCAUGGAUUGUCUGGACAGGACCAAUGUAGUCCAGGCUGCUAUUGCUAGGGUGGUUAUGGAACAGCAGCUAAAGAAGUUGGGUGUGAUGCCUCCAGAGCAGCCCCUGCCUCUCAAAUGUUACAGGAUCUAUCAAAUUAUGUGGGCCAACAAUGGUGACACCAUCAGUAGACAGUACGCUGGCACAGCAGCACUUAAGGGAGAUUUUACUAGGACAGGUGAGAGGAAACUGGCUGGUGUGAUGAAGGACGGCGUGAACUCAGCCAACCGCUACUAUCUGAACCGCUUCAGAGAUGCUUAUAGACAAGCCGUAAUUGACCUCAUGAUGGGUCUUCCAGUGACUGAAGACCUCUACUCGAUUUUCAGUAAGGAGAAGGAGCAUGAAGCGAAAGAGCAGGAAAGCCAAAGAGGAGCUCAGGAGCAAGUCAGCCUCCUAUUGCAGACAUAUAUGCAGCUUCUCCUGCCUGAUGAUGAGAGGUUUCAUGGUGGUUGGGCUCUCAUCAACUGUGACAUGAGCCUUAUUGAUGCCACUAAUAAAGAUGUGGAUGUGCUUCUGCUUUUGUCCGACAAAGCCUACUACAUUGCUUACUAUGACGAAGAGGCGGAUAAAGUCAACCAGUACCAGCGGCUCAAUUUAGAGGGUUUGGAAAAGAUUGAAAUUGGUCCAGAACCGACUCUGUUUGGCAAGCCAAAGUUCUGUUGUAUGCGCCUGCAUUACAGAAGUGAAGAAACAAGUGGAUACUUUCACACACUGCGAGCAGCCAGCCGAAAUCCUGAGGAUGACGGAAAAGAUACACUACAAUGCAUUGCUGAGAUGCUUCGCAUUACAAAACAGGCCAGGGGGCUGGACCUACUGGUGGUUGAAAAGAAGCUUGAGAGGCGUCAAAGCAGACCUCAUGAAGAUAUAAUGGGGAUUCAGAACAAAACAUGUGAGCAGGCGCAGGGAAGUUCUGGUCUGGCGCAAGGCAAAAGUUUCCUCCUCAAUAAGUUCUCCUCUCUAAAUCAGAAAGUAAAACAGACCAAAACGAGCGUGAACAUCAGCACCUUCAAGCCCCUCGGGAAGCUGGGAAAUUUCUCUAAGCCUGAAGUCAAAGUUAAUUUCCUGAAGCCCACUAUGCACGUUAAUCUGUGGAAGUCAGACAGCAGCUUGGACACAUCAGAUGGCAAUCCCGGCACAGGAGCCUUAAACGAUAUCAGUGACGUGAAUUUUGAUAUCUCUGAUGACUCCGACUGUUAUAAUUCUGAUCCAGAGCACCCGUGCUCGGGCUCCUUUGAGAAUGUGGACUAUGUGCUACCCAGCUGUGGUAUCGUAGCAUCUAACACAAUGCUGGGCAAUCGCUCCCAGUCCAUUAGUAGCGUGGAGCUAAAUAUUCCCUCUGUUAUCCAGGUCAGUGGCGGUGAAGGACCGCAGGAGAGCUCUUCUCAGGUCUGUGAAGACAAGUCCCCAGGGGCCGCCUCACUGGCUGAAGAAGCCAUUCUGAUUGACUUCGGCACUCCCUUCGAUGCCUACUGCCACCAGUUUGUCCAGGACGCACAGACCAAACCCGUCGAGGUGUUUGGAGAGCGACCGCCCGCGUCUGCCCAUCCACUCAAGCCCACAGUGCCUGUGCUGAAUAAAAGCCCCGCAGACCCCAAGCAGCCAAGCACAAAGCCACAGCAUCAGCAAGAGGAGUCGAACCUCUCCAGGCCAUCCCAGCUUGACGUUCAGACUACUACCUCCGCUUCCAACCUCAGCAUCCAGAGGCCCAGCUCUGCCGUCUCAGGCGGCUCGCAGAGGAGUCUGGGCUCACAACUGGAGGGCAGCCUCGGCCCUUCGCCUGCUGACAGUAACGGCAGCCGGGUCGUGUCCCCCUUUGCCAAGAUCAGGAGCUCAAUGGUCCAGGUGGCCAGCCUCACCCAGGCGGGGCUCACUCAGGGCAUCAACUUUGCUGUGGCGAAGGUGCACAAAAGCCCAGAGCCAGAUACAGUCAAUGAGGCCCAGGAGAAUGAGUUGAAGGCAAUGUUUACGCAGUGCCAGACCAGGAUCAUUCAGAUCUAAUGCUUUGCUUGUUGCCGCAUUUUUGGAGGAUGUCAUGUAGAAACGUGUUAUGAACUAGCAGUAGCAACGGCAUGUCCUUAGCCUCACAUCUUGGCCAACAUAUGUGCCCUCAGUUAUGCCCUUUAGUCUAAGUCGCCAGUGUUGUACAGAGACCUAGACCUAUAGCCAGUUCUAACGUGGCAGUGAAUGUUUACAUGCACACAAGAACAUGCGGUUUUCCUUUUCAAAAGGAACGUUUUGCACAUUAUGAUAGUCUACAAAUGCAGGUGUUACGUCAAUUUUAUUGGUUGUCAGUUGCCAUCAGUAUAUUGUCAUGGGAUAGCUCCACUUUUAAAGCCACUCCAAUGUGCAAUUUAUUCUAUUCAACAAGUUUAAAUCAUUAGAUCAAGAAAUUCACUUCCACCACUCACUCCCACAUCAGAUGCACAUUUCUGUAAAAAGCUUAAUGUGCAUCAGAAAUCCAAACAGAUCCUUCUACUCCUACCGAAGAAUUUAGCACAUCUGCUGUAUCUGUCGAUGAAGACUUUUUUUUUUUUUUUAAUCUGCAUGAGAUUACAUAGUGUGAUUCCACUUAAUUGACAUUUGAGUGGCUAUUCCAGGAGAAAAGAUACAGUAUAAGUAGGCAGAUUUUAAUUGUCAGAACUUAUGUAAUUUGAAUGAUGUGCAGUUUGUCGUUCAUGUAAACAUGACACUGUCCUCGAUUUGAUUUUAAUUGUCUGCAAUGCUUGAAUGACAGGUUGGUGCUAAUGGCCAACUUUGACAAGGCAGAUAAUUAUUUGCUGCAUGAUGACAGACCAACUCUGGGUUAAUAAUGUACUACACAGUAUGUGCAGGCCAUCUAUUGGUAUUUGUGGUAGAUAUUAAUACCUUUUUGUAACAGCUGUCUUAGUGUCUUACCAAAUAACUUGUGGAUCCAAAAUGAUGUCCUGGUGUUAUUAGACUUUGUAGAGAAUUCAGAAACUAACAAGACAACAAACCGUACGUAGUUAGCCUUUGUAAUAUCAAUGUUGUCAAGUGUUGCUAUAAUGUGGCACAAACGUUAACUACACAAGACCUUAGUAAGAUUAUCAUGAUUGUCAGUGUGUCCAGAGUGUUGGAUCUGUUUCGUUUAACCCCUUCCCUUUUGAUUUUUUGUAUAAAAAUGGAUGGAUGGAUGGUAGGGUGGCAGCUAAAUGGAGAUACGAGUGUAUGUGUGUGUUUGUGUGUGUGUGU